AUGUCAGAUCUAGCCGUAGCUAAAGACCCGCGUCAAGUCGUCGUGAUCACCGGCUGCUCCUCCGGUCUCGGUCGAUCCAUGGCCAUCGAGUUCGACGCUCAGGGAACCUACAGAGUCUUUGCUACCGCGCGCAACGUCGAGUCUCUUCGAGAGCUUCCUGCCGGAAUCGAACGUGUUCGGUUGGACGUUACCGAUUCAGACUCCAUCAAGGCUGCUUUCAAAGUCAUCACCGACUCCACACAGGACCGGAUUGACAUACUAGUGAACAACGCUGGGGUAAAUCUUGCUGUGGGCCCUUUGGUGGAAACGCCAGCGGAUAACAUUAGGAAGACCUUUGAUGCCAAUUUCUUCGGAUUGAUCGCAGUAACUCAAGCCGCAGUUCCGUCCAUGAUCCGACGUCGAUCGGGCGUAAUCGUAAACAUUGGUUCUGUCGCCGCCAUUGCAUGCAUGCCUUUCGGUGCCCCCUACUCCGCUUCUAAAGCUGCGGUCCACGCUCUCUCCGAUACCCUUCGUCUCGAACUCGCCGGGUUCGGCAUCAAAGUUGUCGUUGUCGCUCCUGGUGCCAUCAAGUCUUCGAUCGCUGAUAACACGCUGAAGAAUCAAUCCGCCCACGGCUCGUCCGAAUCUGGCGACUUGGGCUACCUUCCAGCAGACUCAAUGUACAAACAUGUCGAAGACCUCGUCAAGUUCCGUGCCGAAUUCAGCCAACAGGGUGAACCAACACCCAGCGAGACUUUCGCGAGGAACGUCAGGAAGUGGGUCAGCGCAAACAACCCAGGUGCUUAUCUCUUCACAGGGAAGAAGAGUCUGACUGUUUGGAUCUCUUACUACUUGCCUACAAGGGUUAAGGAUUGGAUCAUUGGCAGGAUUUUCCAGAUCCACAGGGUUGGGGAGAACGCUCAUAAGAACAAGAACAUCUAA